AUGGAUACUCAACCCAUCGAAUUCUUAUCACAUCAUUUACCAUUAUUAUUCUUUGCUGGUCUUAAUCCUAUCACUUCAACACCAGUUCCUGAAGAUGUGAAGAAUGUUAAUCCAAUCCUUCAAAAUCCUUCAUCAGUACCAAUUGAUCCUUUUCAAGCAUUAUCGAACAGUCUGAGACAUGCUCUUACUAUCAAUCAAUCAGGUAUUCAAAUUUGGGAUCCAAGAACUUAUCAUCAAAAUUCGAAACCUCCAGAUUUUAGGGUAGUAAUGGUAGACAAGAAUGUUAGAUUUCCACCUAGAAAAGCAAGACCUUCAUCAAAUUCCAAUCCAUCAAGCUCGAUGAUCCAUUCACCACUUUCACCUUUAACACCAAACUCACCACUUUAUCCAGAUGGAAUCAUGACACCUAUUUGGAUACGAAAACAUCGGGAUAUGAUUCCAUCGGUUUUUGUACUGACUUUAACUUUAUGGGAACCUCCUUCAUCAAUGGCUAAAUUUAAAGAAAACAAUUUAAAUGGAUCUGGAAAUGGAACAGAUGAAAUCGAUUCAAAAGAAUUUGAACAACAAAAAUCAUUUGAUCAUCAAUUGAUUUAUGAAAUCAUUGAAAGGAAAAAGACGACCACUGAAAGAGGAAUUAAAUUAGUAGUGGUGAUCUUAACAUCUAAGACGAUGUUAGAUCAUCCUUCAUUAGAUAUGAGAUUAAGUUAUAUUAGAAGACAAUCAGGAUUAGAUUCAAGAUCUUCUUUAUUUAUUCUUUCACCAGUCAUCGAUUCGGAAAUCUUAUCGUUUGUGAAAACAUUAAAAUCUGAAUUGUUUGAAUCUUCCCUAGAUUAUUAUCGAGAACAUUCACGUAAAGUCAGAAGGAAACGAUCACGAAGUAAUUCGAUUGUACAUCAAUCCAAUCUUAAUAAUAGUUAUUCUAAAUCAAAUCAGCCGAUUCUGAAUUCAUUAGGUCAACAAGGUUGGAUUGUUAGAUCGGAUUUCAAAUUGGCUACUUUUGCUGAGUUUAGACAAGAGUAUGAUGUGGCUUUAAAGUCUUAUGAAGAUUGUUGGAUCGGCUUGAGUGGGAUGUUUAGUAGUACUGCGAUCUUACCUCCUAGAACUAAACGAUGGGCUGAAGCUAAAGUAUUGAUAGAUUGUAUAAAUAUCAAAAUUUGUAAAUUUUAUUUUUAUUCACAAGAAACUUCAAGAGCUAUGGAUCAAUUUAGUAAACAUGUCAAUCGAUUUAGAGAUCUUUGUAAUGGAUGGGGUAUAGGAGAUGAAACCUUUGAAUAUUGGUCUUGGUUAUCAAAACAAUAUACAAUGUUUUCCGAAUUGAUCGAAUGUGGUUGUCGGAAUGGGUUAAGGUUACCUAACUUGUUACCUAAUCCAUCUACUUCAUUUAAUGAAGUUAAUUUCUUUUCAUUGAAUCAUCCGUCUGAUCAUCUUCAGAUUCCUGCUAAUGUUUUGUUACAUCCUGGAUUUUAUUAUUAUCAAAGUGGGGUUUGUGCUACACAUAGACGUGAUAAGUUUAGAGCUAGUGAAAUUGCUGAAGAACAGAUGAAGUCUAUUGCUAAAUCAAAGGAUCAAGCUGCUACCUUUCAAGGCUCGGCUGCUUUAGCUUACGAGAGAAAAGUCAAUCAUACUGAAUUAAUAAUAGGUCUUUUCACUAAAGCCUAUGAGUUAUUCAAACGGUUUAAUUCGAUUCGGAUGACUUUAUUCUUGGCCUUUAAGAUUGCAAUGAUUCAUUUUGAUAAUCAAGAUUAUGUAACGGCUGGGAAAUUCUUUGAAAGGAUUACGAGUACAUAUCGAAAAGAAAGAUUUAAACCGAUUUUAGAUAAUGCUUUGAUGAGAUUUUAUGAAAGUAUUAAACUUGAAAUUGGAUAUCCUUUAAUUAAAUUUGAGAAUGAUCGACCUGAAUUUGAAAGAUUUGAAAAAUUACUGGAGAUUAGUUAUGAAUUGAUUGAUUCGAAUUGUUUGAUUGUACCUAUUGAAACCAAGGCUAAGAUUUGUGAUGAGUUACAAGAUAUGAUUCAAAUACCAGGGAAUGGAUCUAUUGAAUCUCCUCGGCUUAUUACAUUGGAUAUGACCAAUUCAACAUCACCUUUAAGAUCAGAAGUGGUGUUUUGGAAUUCUUCGGCUCAAUUAGGUGACACGAUCAAUUUUCAAUUAAAGAUUUAUUCAGAAAAUCCGUUUCCAGGUUAUCAUCUUUCAUUCACUUCUUGUGAAUUACACUUUAGUAACUUUUCAACAAUCAUCAUCCAUCAUCAAUCUCAAGAAGUCAAACCUUUAAUUAACUUGGAUCUUCAUGAAAUUUCAGAAGAAUCAUUAAAGUUUGAAGGAAAUUUAAGUUGGACAAAUGAAUUUAAUUUAAUGAUUUUUAAUGGUGAAUUUAAACCUUUGAUGACUAAACCUAUUAGCCCUCAACAAGAUUAUUCAAACUUUAGAUGGGUUCAUGAAGUGGAUGAGAAGACUAAUGAAUCAAAGUAUUUAACUACUGAAGGUUUAUCUUCCUUUUGUCAGGUACGGGAUAAGAUUCCACUUGCUAGAGCUGAGAUUGAAAACGAAGAAUUGGUAUUAUUAGAUGAAACAGGGUCAAUCAAGGUCAAGCUUUAUAAUGAUGAAGAAGAUGAGACUUUGGUAUUCAAAUUAGAUGUCGAAUGUCGGGAUCCUGUUUCAGAGAAAGAUACCCUGAUGAUCGAUGAAGAGAGUAAUAUGAUCAACUUGAACGAGUACACAUUAUGUUCACUCGAACCUCGUGGAUCAAUAGAGAAGAUCAUAACCCUACAACCGUCUCUCGCAGGUAACAGGCACAUGAAAUUGACCGUCAAUGCCAUCAAGCAAUCUCAAGCUACGACCAACUCAGUGGAAGAGACUUCAACCUUGGAAGAAACCGAUUUACCAUUUUUUCCAUCAUGUCAAUUAAUUAAACCGAUCUUAUUACAAGUUAAAGAUCCAUUCUUAUGUGAAUUUGAUAUAAGAUAUCUUAAUUUGAAUCGAAAUUCAAUCAAUCGAAAGCUUUCGGAUUGCUGUUUACCUGAUCUUUGGGAUAAAUCGGAUCGAGUAUUGGUGAAUGUGAUUAUUAAAUCGAAUGAUUUGAUUAAGUUAAGUUUGAACCAAAUUCAGAUACAAUGUGAGAACGUGGUCACUCCGAUUAAGGUUUUGUCUAGUUCAAUUUCAUCGAAUGAAGAAGAUAAUGCUUUUCCACUUGAACCUGGUUCGGCACUUUCGAUUGGUUAUGUGAUCGAACUUGCAACCGGAUCCCAAUCGGAUAAUUGUGCUUUAAAAAUCACAUGGGAAAGAUCAAUGAAGAAAACUUCAGAUCUGAAUUCAACUCAUACCACAAUUCACCCAAUCCGAUUUCCAAUCAAAAAGAAACCACCAAUUUUAAUCACUAAUAAUUUACCACCACAUUUAAAGAUAUAUGAGAAAUGUAAAAUUACAUAUUUAAUUGAAAAUCAAUCUCAGAAUCAAAUGAAAACAUUAAAUUAUGAAUUAAAACCAAGUGACGAAUGGAUCUUUAGUGGCAAAAGAUUAAUUGAAAGUUUUAAAUUAUUACCUGGGAUGAAAAGAUCGAUUGAAAUUAUUGGUAUACCGAUUGUUUUAGGUUUAAUUGAAAUACCUAAAGUGAUUUUUUUUGAAAAAGUGAAUAAGAAUACUUUAAAAAGGAAUGAUGAAGAAGAUGGUGGUGGAUUGAUUGAAGAGAUUUUAAGAGGGAUUGAUGAAUUUGAUGAAGAUGAUCGUGGGGAUGAUCGUGGGGAUUUGGAUGGGGUUAGAGAACUGAAGGUUUUUAGAGAAUUUGAACAUGUUAAAGGGGUUGAGAAUGAGCAAGUAUAUCAACAUCAACAUCAACAUCAACAAAAUCUAAAUUCAUCCAAGUCUGGAGGAUUUAAUCAAAUUUUGGUUUUUCCUUAG